AUGCCUGAUCAUAUACGAGAAUUCUCUUGUGGGAGUCUAUUCUACCGCACUUUGUAUCUGAACGAGGAGAGAAACACACUUUAUGUUGGUGCUAUGGACCGUGUGUUCAAGUUAAAUAUGUCUGAUAUUAGUCAAUCACAUUGCGAGCGAGACACGUUACUAUUAGAAGCGAGUAAUGUGGCGCGAUGCGUGAGUAAGGGCAAGUCGGAGCCUUUCGAGUGCCGCAAUCACAUCCGCGUGGUGCAACCUCUUGGGGAUGGAGAGAGACUCUAUGUUUGUGGCACCAACGCUCACAGUCCUAAAGACUGGGUAGUGUAUCUGAAUCUCACACAUCUACCCCGACACGAGUACGUGCCGGGCGUAGGUCUAGGUGUGGCGAAAUGUCCCUACGACCCGGCUGAUAACAGCACAGCAGUAUGGGUGACUCAAGGCAACCCUGGUGGUCUACCUACGUUGUACGCAGGAACUAACGCGGAGUUUACUAAGGCAGACCCAGUCAUAUUUCGAAAUGAUUUAUAUGACUUCAGGACUGGUCAAAAGAAGUUUAACUUCAAAAGGACUUUGAAGUAUGAUUCGAAGUGGCUGGAUAAAACUAACUUCGUUGGUUCAUUCGACGUGGGCGAGUAUGUUCUGUUCUUCUUUCGCGAGACUGCUGUCGAGUUCAUGAACUGCGGUAAAGCGGUGUAUUCUAGAGUGGCAAGAGUAUGUAAACAAGAUACCGGAGGAAAACACAUUUUGAGCCAAAACUGGGCCACGUAUCUCAAAGCUCGCCUCAAUUGUAGCAUACCAGGAGAAUUCCCAUUCUACUUUGAUGAAAUUCAAAGCGUGUACCAAAUGCCGGGUGAACCGAAUAGGUUCUAUGCGGCUUUCACGACGGGUGCUAGCGACGGACUGGUUGGCUCCGCUAUAUGUACUUACGCUAUGGACGAUAUACAAGAAGCGUUUGCUGGCAGGUUCAAAGAACAGGCAUCAUCAAGCUCAGCAUGGUUACCAGUUCUAAGAGCAAGGGUGCCAGUCCCUAGGCCCGGCACAUGUGUCAACAAUACUGAAGCGCUUCCAGACAAUGUAUUAAAUUUUAUUAGGUCUCAUCCACUAAUGGAUUCAGCUGUGCGUCAUGAAGGCGAUGCACCGGCCUUCUACAAGCGAGAUCUAGUGCUCACCACCAUUGUCGCAGACCGACAGUUCGUUGACAUGCUGGGAGAUGACAUCACAUAUACUGUUUUCUAUGCGGGCACCAGUGCCGGAGAAGUGUACAAAAUAGUUCAGUGGGCAGGCGGUGGGGGCUACGGAUCUCGAGUAGCAGAUGUUUGGCGGGCCGCCGGAGACGAACCCGUGAGAGCUCUUGCGCUAUCGCGCAGAAUACAUGCACUAUACCUCGCCACUGAUAACCGACUGAGACAACUGCCGCUCAGAGCCUGCGCACAUCGAUAUGACAGUUGUGUCCGUUGCGUUCUGGACCCUUACUGUGGUUGGGAUAAAGAGGUGGGAGCAUGUCGUCCAUACAGUCCUGGUUUACUGCACGAUGCAACGAAUUCAACACCAUCAAUAUGUGAAGCCAGUGCCCCUAUCAAAACUGUUAGAGCUGGUUAUGGGCAAAGCGUUCACUUGGCAGCUUUUGGAAAAACACCAGAAGCUCUAAAAGAUCAGAACGUAAUUUGGUACCACCAUUCAAGAGAGAAAGGACGUUAUAGAAUAAGUUUCAAUUGGGAUCGUGUUUUGCAAACGUCAGAACGCGGUCUGGUGUUGUUGUCAGUGACAGAAUCUGAUCGCGGUCGAUAUGAAUGCUACUUUGGUCCAACGCUGAUAUCUUCAUAUAACUUAGACAUCGAUAUACACAGAUGUACGCAACCAAGUAAAUCUCAAGAGUACAAGCAAGUGUAUUCAGACUGGUGUCACGAGUUCGAAAAAUAUAAAAGCGCUAUGAAGGCUUGGGAAUCGCGACAAAUGCAAUGCUCCAAAAGCCUGAAUGUAUCGAGCCAGCAAAACAGUAUGUCGAACGAGAUCGUGGCGUCGCUGCGGUGA